AUGGCUUUCUGGGGAAGAAAAGGAGGUAUUGUUUGUGGGAUAGCAGCUGUCGUCAUAUUCUCUAUGCUUGCCAGGGUAGUCAUGGGGAAUCUCCGAUCAGCUCCACCGUCUCUCGUCGGCUCCGACGCCGACUCCGCACCCGUCAUCGACUCCGCCGACUCCGAGCACCUAGCUGACGCCUCCGUUGAAAGUGGAGAAGCCAAGACACCUGUUAUCGACUCCGCCGUGCGCGACGCCGUCUCCGAGCACCUACCUGACGCCUCGGUUGAAACUAAAGAAGCCGAGACUCCUGUUAUCGACUCCGCCGUGUGCGACGCCGUCUCCGAGCACCUACCUGACGCCUCGGUUGAAACUAAAGAAGCCGAGACUCCUGUUAUCGACUCCGCCGUGUGCGACGCCGUCUCCGAGCACCUACCUGACGCCUCGGUUGAAACUAAAGAAGCCGAGACUCCUGUUAUCGACUCCGCCGUGUGCGACGCCGUCUCCGAGCACCUACCUGACGCCUCGGUUGAAACUAAAGAAGCCGAGACUCCUGUUAUCGACUCCGCCGUGUGCGACGCCGUCUCCGAGCACCUACCUGACGCCUCGGUUGAAACUAAAGAAGCCGAGACUCCUGUUAUCGACUCCGCCGUGUGCGACGCCGUCUCCGAGCACCUACCUGACGCCUCGGUUGAAACUGAAGAUGUCGAGACACCUGUCACCGAUUCCGCCGUGCGCGACGCCGACGCCGACUCCGUAUCUGACUCCUCCGUUGAAGCUGGAGAAGUCGACGCCGACGCCGACUCCGUAUCUGACUUCUCCGUUGAAGACGCCGACGCCGACUCCGUAUCUGACUCCUCCGUUACUGGAGAAGUCGAGGCACCUGUCAUCGACUACAACGCACACGACGCCGACGCCGACUCCGUAUCUGACUUCUCCGUUGAAGACGCCGACGCCGUAUCUGACUCCUCCGUUGAAACUGGAGAAGUCGAGGCACCGCUCAUCGACUCCGACGAGCGCGACGCCGACGCUGACUCCGUACCUGUCUCCUCCGUUGAAUCUGGAGUCGAGACGGCUAUCAUCGACUCCGACGUGCGCGACGCCGACUCCGUGCACCUGCCUGACGCCUUGCGCGACGCCGAAGCCGAGUCCGACUCCGUGCCUGACGCCUCCGGUGAAGCCGAGUCCGACUCCGUGCCUGACGCCUCCGGUGAAGCUGGAGACGUGCGCGAUGCCGACUCCGAGGACCUACCUGACGCCUCCGUUGAAGCUUCUGUAAUCAACUCCGGCGUGCGCGGCGACGCCGACUCCGUACUGGCAACUAUCUCCGGCGAUGGAUCUGCUGCAGCCGUCUCUGUUUUCGCAUCUUACUCGGGAAACAGUACUACGGCUGAUGAUUUUGUUAUCGUUGAUGCUAAGAAUGCGGAUGAGGAGGGUGGGCUUGGAGGAGAGUUUGUUUUUGUUAAGAGUAAUUCAUAUCGUGAAUAG